CCAUCGAUUUUGUCCCUUAUAUUUUUUUUGUAUAUCAAUCGUCUCUACUCUUUCCCAAAAGCUGUAACUUGUUUUCUAGGAGAAGAAACCGAAAAAGCAAACAAAUAAACAAAACAGAGACUUGAACGUAAUUUAUGGCGUAUAGGAGAAGGCAGGGGAUCGCAAAGUUUUCGACUUUCCAGGACGAGACUGAUCACCUUCCGCCGGAAAGCAUCACCGCCGUCAAGAAGAUAUCACCGCCGGCUCGAUCCUUCACAUCGCCUUCAUCCUUCCGUGAGUCCCCUGCUUUUGACCAACCCAGAUCUAAGGAUUUUACUGCAUACGGGACCGAGCCAAGGGGCUUGUGGGGAGUCAUAGCCCAGAAAGCAAAAUGUGUCAUUGAAGAUGAUCAUAAAUUUUCUGAUAGCUCAACAGCUUCUCAGCCCCGAUUUUCAGAUGAAGGGUUCAAGAAAAUGGAUAAUCCGAAGCUUCGGAGAGGCCUGGAUAAACUUGCAUCUUCCCUUAAUCAGAUUGGUGACUCUUUUGAGAAAGCCUUUGAGGAAGGUCGGACCCUCGUGGAGAACAAAACAGCUGAUAUCAUCCAGGAAACACGAAAACUUCAAACCAGACGAAGAGGAACUGAUGGUAAAGAAGAGAAUCAGAAUCAAACUUAUGGAGUAAGUAGCUCAUGGAAAAAGUCUCCAGAGCAGCCACUGCAGCUAAAUCAUAUGGAACAUGAGACUCAACUCAAGGCAUCUCGCGAUGUGGCGAAGGCAACGGCUGCUAAAGCAAAACUCCUCAUCCGUGAGCUGAAAACUGUGAAAGCAGAUCUUGCAUUUGCGAAAGAGCGCUGUGCUCAGCUUGAAGAAGAGAACAAGCAUCUGAGGGAGAACCAUCGUGAGAAAGGAAGCAACCCUGCAGACGAAGAUUUGAUUCGGCUCCAGCUGGAGAGCCUACUGGCAGAGAAAGCACGGUUGGCUCAUGAAAACUCAGCGUACGCAAGGGAGAACCGGUUCUUAAGGGAGAUUGUAGAAUACCACCAGCUCACGAUGCAGGACGUUGUGUACAUAGACGAAGGCAAAGAAGAGGUGACACAAGUUUACCCUUUUGUACCCACUUUGAUGACUUCUUCACCUGCGGAGCUCACGCAGUCUCCGAGUGAAAAGAUAAUUAAAGAGAUUGUCCAAGACAGCUCUGUGUGUGGAAACGAGAUUUCAGAUUCUUGAAUUCGUUAUUUGUUGUGCUCGUGUAUUUUCAUUCAUUCAUUAUUUUUAUUACACACGA